GCUUCCUCAUCACGCUAAACCGCCCCUAACCCUGGGCGAUCCAAGCGUUUCUCAGCCCAACACCAGAUCGUUGCCGCUGGAUGUGAUGACGCUCACAUCAGUUAGUUGGCCACUCAUCAAGCAGGUAUAACUUGACUUUCCAGUACCUAUCUCAUGUUGCAACUGAGGAAGCAAGUCAUAUCCGGUCAUUGAGUACACAUCCGAGUCAACAAUGGCGUUUCCAACCAUCAAAGCGCUCGAAGAUUGCGCCGACUUCUCCAAAACGGUGGAGCCGUUUAUCCCCCAGCUUUACACUCUGCCCAGCAAGGUGCUUGAUGUCAUUGCACGCCGUGAGGGUCUCCUGGACCUCUACGCAGAAACAAACCCACUCAUAUCUGGAUUCGCCAUCUCGAUAGUGCUGGGUGCUAUCUUCCUGGUUGCCGCCGAGAUCAACCGCAACUAUUCACAAGUUGACCGGGCAUGGAGUUUGUUGCCCACCAUCUACAUUGCCCACUUCAAUGCCUGGGCCCGUUUGGCAGGAAUUCCCAGUCAGAGACUAGACGCAGCGCUCUUCUUCAGCGCUGCAUGGAGCGCUCGACUCACUUUCAACUACUGGAGAAAGGGCGGCUAUAGUGUGGGAUCGGAAGACUACCGAUGGGAAAUCAUCCGUCAAUAUGUCCCCAAAGCUGCCUUUCACGUCUUCAACUGGACCUUCAUCUCCUUCAUCCAAAGUAUCCUGCUUUUCGCCCUCGCAGCCCCCGCCUAUCCCAUCCUGCUGGCAUCUCAGUUUGAGCCCAACCUGACCAGCUCCGACAUCGCAUAUACGUCUGUCGAGCUCUUGUUGAUCCUCACGGAGUGGAUCGCCGACCAACAGCAGUGGGAGUUUCAGUCUGCCAAGCAGCAAUACCGAAAAACCGCCAAGGUUCCGUCAGGCUUCAAGCGAGACGACCUCGAUCGUGGCUUCAUCACGACGGGUCUGUGGAGCUACUCGAGGCAUCCCAACUUUGCUUGCGAGCAGACCAUCUGGUUUGUCCUGUAUCAGUGGAGUUGCUAUGCCACAAGGAACUUGUACAGUUGGGCUGGCGUGGGUCCUUCCUUUCUGAUCAUGCUCUUUCAAGGGUCGACGUGGCUCACGGAGCUCAUCACGGCGGGGAAAUACCCAGAGUAUAAGGCGUAUCAGAGACAGGUCGGCAUGUUUGCUCCAACUUGGAUCACGGGCUACAAGGUAUCGCCAGCAAAGGCACCCAAGGUGAUCCGCACCAGCGAGAUCGCCAAGCAGAUUGAAGAGAAGGAAAGACGGAAACAGAAACAGAAACAGAAGUGA